AUGCAUGAAGCACUCUUGAACCAAGAAUUGAGUGUGAUCCGCUUCACAUUUGCUACCUUUGCAGACUUUCAAGAAGAGUUUUACCGAUCAAAAACUGAGGUUGCAACAUUCAAAGCUGUGUUUGAAAGCUUCUUCAGGGAACAAUACGUAGCAUCGAACGGGAUAGAUGCAUUUGUAGAUAUUCUAAACCUUGAAGAGAAGAAAAGGGAUAGAAAAUCAUCACCACACAGAUUCUUCUUGUUUUCCACAAUGAUGCCAGAUAUCUUUUACGACGAGGAGAAAUACACAGAUGACCAACGACUCAAAAUAUUUGCCUCAAAUUUUGAAGACAUGUUAAAUAGAUAUGAGGUAAAAAAACUUGAAUCGGUUGACCUGGUGUUUAUUCCGGUACUUCAAGGUGACCACUUCUAUGUGUUGUGCUUCAACUUAAAAACCGGCGUAAUUGAGCUGAUUGACAAUUCAGCUGCAAAACAAGAGUUUAAGGAAAGAUACAAGGGGCUCCCAGACACACUGAGAAGGGUAUUGGUUUUAUACCUACAAAAUGCUUUAAAACCAACACCGGCUAUACAACAACUUGCAACCUCAGUGAUAGAAAGAAAAGAAAUGGAUUGGAGGACGAAGAAUAACGGCGUAGACUGUGGAGUGUUUACGAUGCGUCACAUGGAAACGUACAAAGGUGACCAAAACCAUGGGCGACAGGAUUUGUGAAUGAAGAUGAAGUAAACAACAGACAGAAAGCACAAUUUCAUCUCCUAAGGACAAGAUAUCUCAGCAAAAUCAUUCUGUCAGAACACAACAUGCAUCGUCUUAAAAUAAUUAAAAUGGCCAAUGCUUUCGACAAAAUGCCAGACAAAGAGAGAUAUAUGAAAGAUCUGGAUAAGGAAAUCCCAGAAAGGAUGAAAAUA